AUGGACGCGGAUUACUUCCAGAGGCGUAUCAACGCAAAUGGCGUGGGACGCGACGACAUCGAGACACUGAAAGCAAUCAACCCCGACCCAUCCCCCCACUCCAGCAGUGAAAAUGAACAACCCCGGUCAUCUGUGACCCCCGUUGCAGGCCGAGGCUCGCCCAUGAUAGAUGCGGUUGUCCCUCGUCUUCCGGAUUUAUUCUUCGUGGAUCACCCAGAGCCGCCGUUGUCGUGGGUGAUCGCAAUGGACCCCCAAAUCCCAUGUUCAUCAAUGUCCACUGACCACUGCUUGCCUCCAUCGUCAAGGCCCACCUCGCGUUUGCCGCUGAACUCAGGUGCAGAGGAUGAUGUGAGCGCAACAAAUGUCGGCGUUGGCGCUUGGAACCCAUAUUCGACUACGCUAGAACUUUUUCUUCCCUCAGACUCAUGCUCUCGUCCAGGAACAGCUCGUCACGGCAGCUCAAAUAUUCUGGCUAGCACAGCAGCCGGCCACUCGAUGAAGAAAAAGCAGCCUUUUCUCCCGGCCCUUGACUUUAGUCUCUCGCCAUUUUCACUGGAUCAUUUCCACAACCAGUGGCUGCAUCUGGACCAGUGCUGGCAGGGAGAGCUUUGCAGUAAGCAACCUCGCUUUUCUACCUACCAUUCCACUGUUGAAAACGAGCCGGUAGAUCAUUCUGUGUCCUACAGUCUCGCAGCAACGAGUGUGCGGAACGAUCACAACAUGAGUUUCCGUAACCGAUCACAGCGGACUCCCCCGAAGCGCCUUCUGGCCACUCGCGCGCAAAAGAUCCGUGGAUAUUCCAGCUGGUGUUUGGGCGUGUCAAGUGGCGACUAUGCUCCCCUUCUCUCAUUGGUGAUCUUCACUGGACUAAUUGCUCGUUCGCAUAGACGAAAAAGCAGAGAGACUAUAUGA